CAAUAUGGCAAACGCGCUUACGGCUUCCAACACUUGAAGAGAUUUUUACGGGAGCCCAUUGGGUGCAAAAAUGACACGGUCCACGCCUUUUACUCGCAUCAGUCAGCAUCGGUGAAUAGAAAGCUUUGUAUCUGACAUGAACAGGCGUCUGGGAGCGUAAUGCUGCUUUUAUUCAUCCAGUGAAUGAGCCGCUUCAUUCCUGUAAAUCAGCGGGCUCAUGUUCUGCUCUUCACCUGUCUGUGUGCACCAAUGAUGCACUACUCCAACUGGCUCAUUGACGUGAAGAACAGGGCAAGCCUGAGAAAUGCGUGCAGAGCAACCCCCGACACGGACUGGAUUAACAGUGUGCGGAACUACGGCGUGGAAACGCUGAACAACCUGCAACCCAAUGAGAAAACAUCAGAGGCGCUGGUCACGAGCCACCUCUGGAGAAAAGGUUAUAAAAUAAUCAAGAAAAUUGGAGAGGGCACCUUUUCUGAGGUGCUGAAAACUCAGAACCUUAAAGAUGGGAAGUUUUAUGCGUGUAAAACCAUGAAGCAGACAAUUAACAGUAUGGAAAAGGCCAACAAUCUGCGGGAAGUCCAGGCAAUGAAGCGGCUCAGCCCUCACGCCAACAUCGUCCAGCUGCAUGAGCUGAUAUAUGACAAAGGAACAGGAAGGGUCUCUCUGAUAUGCGAACUGAUGGAGAUGAACAUCUAUGAGCUCAUUCAAGGAAGGAGGACGCCUCUGCCUGACCAGACAGUGAAGAGCUACAUGUACCAGCUGUGCAGGUCCCUGGAGCACAUGCACAGGUGUGGGAUCUUUCAUCGAGAUGUAAAACCUGAAAAUAUUCUCAUCAAGCAAAAUGUUUUGAAGCUGGGCGACUUCGGCUCGUGCCGCAGUAUGUACUCCAAGCCGCCGCACACUGAGUACAUCUCCACACGUUGGUACCGGGCGCCGGAGUGCCUCCUGACCGACGGCUACUACACCCAGAAGAUGGACGUGUGGAGCGCCGGCUGCGUCUUCUUUGAGAUCCUGAGCCUGAACCCUCUCUUCCCUGGAGCCAACGAGUUGGACCAGGUGGCCAAGAUCCACAACGUGUUGGGGACGCCGGAUCAAAGUCUGCUUCAGAAGUUCAAACAGUCGAGAGCAAUGCAAUUCAACUUCCCUCCGAAGAAAGGAUCGGGCAUCUCGCGGCUGCUGCCCAGCUGCCCGGCGCCGGCCAUCUCUCUGCUUUAUCAGAUGUUGGCCUACGACCCAGACGAGCGAAUCUCCGCAGACACUGCCCUGAAGCACACCUACUUCAGGGAAAUCAGGAUGGGAGAGAAGAAAUCAGAGACGCUUCAGAGGAUUUCUGAGAACGUGGACGGGAUGGGAAACAUCGUGAAGUCGGCGCACACCUGGCGACCAACCAAACUGGGCAAACAUGUGAGAGGAAGACACCCCAGACAGACGCCUCUAGUAAACCACAACCCGAAGCGAGCGGCAGACACCCAGAGCCGGAGGAACGCCCCCCACCCGGGGCAGCUGCCCAGACUCAACAUGGCCGCUCACGGACAUCAGUUUCCGUUCCCUUUCUCUGCUAUUCCUGCUUUUUCCCUCAACCACAAGCCAGCACUGCCACCCAUCUCGCCAAAAAAAUGCCAGACACAGCCCGAAGAUGAGAUGACUUGCAUAACCGUGAAGACAUUCUGCAUGCCACCUUUGGAGCGGAACGAAGGAGGAACCUGAGAGCCAAAAUCCAGCCGAGUUUCAGAUUAAAAUCCGCCUGCUUGAACUGGACCGACCCGCAAAACGGAGCCAAAACCCGGAGGAACCUGCUACACAACAAGCUGCUGUCUUCCUGGUUACUGCUGGGAUGGACGGCCAAAUGUGCCGCAAUUCAACAAAUAAAUUAUUCAGUUAUUACAGUGCUGUGAAAAAGAA